UGAAAGUGCGCUUGUGAAACCUAACCUGACCGCGGUACAAAUACUACACUACAAAAUAGAUACAAAUUUAUAUAAACAAAAUAGAUAUUUUGUAUUUGGGGUUAUUGAUUAGGUUUAUUUACAAUCUGCGCAGUAGUCAUAAUCUAUGUCGUUCUGCACAUAAAUUCAUACAUUUUAUCUGUGUUAUCUCAUCUCUGGUAUUGUUCAAAACGUAGAUAUUAAAAAUAGUUUAUUUAGUAGGUAUUUUUAACAGUCAAACACAUUUAUCAUGGAUAUUAGUGUUUCAGGAAUACCUAUCCACAGUUUAGUUGAAAACUUUCAAACGAUAUAAAAAUUAGAAAACUUUUUCACUUAUUCUUAUAAAAUGAUAACAAAAAAAUCAUACAGAUUAUUUACUGCCUAUAUAAUGAGUAUGCGAACAAGUUACAAUAAUAAAAGCACAACUUUUCUCGAGAAAGAUAUUGAAAUUAAGGAUCCUAUUCACAUAUUUGAAAAAUGGUUCAAUUUAGUCAAAAGUGAUCCACGGACAGUGGAGGCAAACGCUAUGUGUCUCUCCACUAGUACCAAGACUGGAUUACCUUCAGCAAGGUUUGUUCUUCUCAAAGGGUAUAGCAAAGAUGGCUUCAUUUUCUUUACUCAUUAUACCAGCAGAAAAGGUCAAGAAUUAGAAGAAAAUCCAGUUGCUGCACUAACUUUUUAUUGGGAACACUAUAGUAGAUGCGUGAGGAUUGAAGGAGCAGUUGAAAAACUACCAUUUUCUAAAGCAGAUGAUUAUUUCAGUAAACGACCAUAUCAAAGUCAAAUUGGGGCAUUGUGUAGUGACCAAAGUAAGGCAGUAAGUGGACGGGAUAUUUUAGAAAAAAAGGCAGAAGAACUAAAGACUCAGUACAAAGAAGGGGAAGUACCAAGACCAUCUCAAUGGGGUGGUUAUAUAGUUAAACCAACCUACUUUGAAUUUUGGCAAGGCCAAACUGAUAGAAUUCAUGAUAGAAUUGUAUUCCGAAAACCAGGACCAAAUGAACCAGAUGGAGUGUUAACUCAUAAGGCAGAAGAUGGGUGGAUGUAUGAAAGAUUAAAUCCUUAAUUUUAGAAAAAAUUGUAAAAAUAAAAUUAUAGAAGUUUUGUUUCCAAUAUAGUAUUUACAUUUUAAAAACAAUUCUUAUAAAUAAUAUAUAAAAAUUUACUUUGUACACCUUGAAUUUGGUUAGGUAAUUAUACAUUAUAUAAUUUUUAAUUAAACUACUAGGUUGUUUCUUUCUACCUUUUUGAAAAGUUAAUAAAGGUAGGGUUGUCAGAUUUACGAAAGGGAAAUUUAACCAGGUCUUUCUGGCGAGCUUCUAAAAAAAGGUCCUCAUCAGCUUAUAUUUUUAAAACCAGGUCCAAAGAACAUUUCGUCAUCGUAGAGUCAAAACAUUGUAUCAUAAAAUUACUAGGUUUUCAGGAAACACAAAACAUUUUUUCUGUAAUUGUUAAUUUUGUAAAAGUAGCUUUUUUAUGUAAUAGAAAAAGGCAAGUCAGAAAGAUACCAAAUGGUUAAAAAUUUACAUAUUUAAAAUUAACCUAAAAAAAAAUUACGUUUAAUUACGCCAAAAUAUGAGUUUUGACUACAAAGAUUUUAAGGUUUAAAAAGUCACAAGGACAAUUUGUUUGAAAGAAGGACUGUCCUUUUCAAAAAAGAACAGGUGGCAACUCUAGUAUUUGUAUAUAAAACAUAAUUUUAUAAAAAAUAUAAUUUCAAUAUUUCCCUUCUGACUCCUUCUGUACUUUUCCAACAAUUUUUGUAUUGAAAUAUCUUUUUACUAUCAAUAAAAUCCUUAAAUAAGUGAACACCUCCUCCUACACCAAAAUAAAAUGAUUUAGCAGCUAAUAAUCUAAAAUCCUAGAUAAGGAAAAUAACUUUUUAUUGCAAAGUAUACUAUAAAAUCAAAAUAUUUUAGUAACUCUGAAAAAUACGAAGUAUGAGCUUUACAAAAGAAAAGAUUUGUAACUAUACUUAUAAAUUACUUAUUGUUAUUAUUGGAAUGAUAUUGUCUCGGAUAUUGUUAUUAUUAGAUAGGUAUAAAAAAAUCGAUCAAGCAAUCAUUCAUCUAGUUAGUACAUACAUUUUACAUUAAUUUAUGUUUGUUCUCAAUCUGUGAAAUUACAUAUAUUUUCG